GUCUAUCUCGAUGAGAAGAGAACUCUGUGGUGCGCGCGACGAGGUUUAGCUUCUUUGGUAUGAGAAUAUUCUUUCAUCAUUUUGUUAAUGAAAAUAAUGGUUUUUCAAUUAAUGGAGUGACUGAUGGAGGAUUUGAUCCAGUGAUAUUUUAGUAUUUGACAGUUGAUUAGUUUAUUUUCACCAUUGGCAGUGAUACCGAGCAAUUGAUAUUGUGACUGGUACCGGGUUCUCAGUGUUUGGUUACGAGGCUGAGAAAGACGCCUCGCGGAUUAAGAUUAACACGACAAUCGUAUACUUGAUGUGAUUGAUCUGUGAAGUGAGUGAUUGGUAAGAGUGAACAUUUUUCAGGAAUACACUGACAUAAUUUGAGAUUAGGUAACGAGUGCGUGUGUGUGUGUGGGUGUGUAGGUGAGGGAGAUGGGGAACUGGUAGAUAUUGGAUGAAGAACCGGUGACAAGAACCGCUGAGAUGUGAUCCGGAAGUAGAGAUAUACUUUUGGUAGUUUGUAGUUUACUUCCCCCCUUUCAUACAGUCAUUCCCUCACUUAGCUUCAUCCAAAUAUUGCUAUUACGUGAAUGCCUGAAGGAAAAAUAAGCACUGAACACUCGAUGAUGCCGUGCGACGCUCACCAGAAGACACCAAAAGUUUCACAACGCACCAAGUAGAUGUUAACAUCCGUGUCUUUUCCAUGACUCCUACAAAACGUGCCAUAACGUCCAGCCAGCUGUGAUAUAAUAAGGAAAAGAUACGGUGGUGUUUUUGCAAGUUUGAAGAAUCUUUUGAUUUUUCAUCUAUUUCUUCUUUUUUUUUAAACUCCUGAAGACUUUAAUAAACGAGGAUGUCAACUUGCACGGACGACGACACUGGGCUACACAUGCAGGAGGCCCUGUCACCGGUGCACGAGGGCCCGAUAUCACCCGCAUCCUCAUGCUUGAGCAGCCAGAAUCAAAACGAUAACGAUCAGGUUUUACUCGCAACAAUGCAACCAGUCAGUGUUAUCGAUCUCCACGAGAGCGAUCAUGCGCUUCAUCACAAGUACAAUAAUCACCACACAACGCGUCAUCAGAGCAAUCAUCACGAUGAUGAUCAAAUUCAGAGGGAUGAUGAUGCUAAUGGACGCGUAAGUCCAGAAGGCAAUCCAACCAAUUUGGGCCACAAGAUGAUUGAUCUUAUUUAUAAUGAUGGGCAGAAAACGGUUAUGUACACACACGACAAGGAGAUUAUAUACGAAAGUGAGGCGGAUAGGGUCCAGGUGGUGGAGUAUCCACCACCACCACCCUCACCCUCACCACCACCAACACCACAGGGUGUUAGGAAUAGUCUGAUUGGAACGAGUCGUCAUCAGACAUCAACGACACUUCAUCUACAUCAUUAUCCAGGUCUUCAGCUGCAGCACGAUGAUGAUCUACCGAGGGGAGUGGGGGCAGUGAAUUCAGUUCCUUCAAACACUACAACAACGGUUCUCGUACUAUCCGAGCUUGUUGCUGCAGAUCCGACUGCUGGUGGAACUCCACUUGGAUUGGGGACACCUUCGCUCAUUCGGUCUGGAAGACGCAGCCGCUCAUCAUCGGACUGUGAGUCAAAUGUGGUGUCCGUUGUUGAUCAGAAUUACGGUGGUGUAACAAGCCGCGAGGUACCAGUGAACGAGGACGAGGAUCCUCAGCAUCACGCAGUUCAGCAUAAUCAGGACGAUACUGACGAGGCGCAGAAGCGGGUUGCGGCCGUGCAGGUGCAGGUGCAGGGUAUGGAGGGCGAUUGGAGGGCAUACUGCGAGCAUCCACUGUCGGUAGCAACCGCGGCGAUGCUCAAUCUCCAACAGCAGCAUCAGGUUACUGCUGUUGCUGGACAUCCGGAUGAACAGACGGUGCCUUAUGUCUACGAGUAUUAUAAAUUGCCGGAUAAAUCGGCUGAUGUUAAGUUGCCGCCGUCGCAUGAGCUGUGGACUACGGGUGUAAUGGGCCAGAAGCUGCUUGUACAAGAGAGCCCAUCAAAUCGUAUUGAAAAUACCGGAGGUGAGACAACAGGUAGUGGUGAGCUUCAUCACUUCCUGCAUCAAUACAAUCAGCAAUCACCGAGUCCAAAUCAAAGUCUUCAGGGUAAUGGUGGCAGUCUACCGCUUCCUCUGAGUCCUCAAUCAUUGCGUCAUGAUGGCAAUACAACAUCGAGUGGUUUGACUGGGGUCAAGAGGGAGCCGGAAGAUCUUAGCUCGUCUCGUACAGGUCAGCAAUCCAGUAAACGGCACAAACAGGCACAACCGGAUAGUCCAACGCCACCUGGAAUGUAUCAUCAUCAUCAGCAUCAACUUCAGGUACAACAGUACGGAAGUCCGUAUGAUCCAUACUCAUCCUGCAGCCCUCGGCUACAGUCAACGGCGUACGGCACAUCAACUUCGGCGAGUGGAAAUACCAAUGCACAGGGGAGCCUCCACCAGGAAGGGACAGCUGUCUAUGUCACGGGAGAUGCACUACCAGCUCUUGCAUCAUCGAGUUCCACAGCUUUACCUACGACAACAUCGUCCUACACCAGAUACGAAGUUGUCCCAAGUUCUUACGCUACGACACACGCGAUAAGAUCGUCAUCCAGCAGCAGCAAAGUUCUCACUGUUGAUUUACCGAGUCCGGAUUCCGGAAUCGGAGCUGAUGCUGUCACACCGAGACAAGAUCAUCAUCCCCCAACCGCGCUACAUCAGUCAUCAUUCGACUACACGGAAUUGUGCCCUGGUGGCACCACAAGCAGUACAGCUGUUGUUCUUGAGAGUGGUGCUGUUAUUCAUCAUCAACCUCUUCAACUUCAGCUUCAACAGGGACACACACAGAAUCAAGUACCACGUAGUCUUGUUGGGGCUGGCACACCUAAUCCAAGUGCUACACCAACACCACCUAGAUCCCGUCCAUGGCAUGAUUUUGGGAGGCAAAAUGAUGCUGAUAAAAUUCAAAUACCAAAAAUAUACUCUGCGUAUGGAUUUAAAUAUCACUUGGAAUCGCCCAUCAGCACAUCACAGCGAAGAGAAGACGACAGAAUAACGUAUAUCAAUAAAGGUCAAUUUUAUGGAAUAACGUUGGAUUAUGUACCAGACCCGGAUAAACCUCUACUCAAGGCCGGUCAGACUGUAAAGAGUGUGGUAAUGCUCAUGUUUCGUGAGGAGAAGAGCCCCGAGGACGAGAUAAAAGCUUGGCAAUUCUGGCACGGCAGACAGCACUCAGUGAAGCAACGAAUUCUCGAUGCAGAUACGAAAAACAGCGUUGGACUGGUUGGCUGUAUUGAGGAAGUUGCUCAUAAUGCUAUUGCCGUUUAUUGGAAUCCGUUGGAGUCUUCGGCGAAGAUUAAUGUAGCUGUGCAGUGUCUGAGUACUGAUUUCUCAAGUCAAAAGGGAGUUAAAGGAUUGCCGUUGCACAUUCAAGUUGAUACUUAUGAAGAACCACCAUCGCCUCACAGCCAUGGUUACACACCACCUUCACACAGGGGUUAUUGUCAGAUAAAAGUUUUCUGCGAUAAGGGUGCUGAGCGAAAAACAAGGGAUGAGGAGAGAAGAGCGGCCAAGAGAAAGAUGACGGCGACCGGAAGAAAGAAACUUGAUGAAUUGUAUCACUCAGUAACUGAGAGAAGUGAAUUCUACACUAUGGCAGAUUUGCAUAAGCCACCAGUGCUAUUUUCACCGCCUGCUGAGCAUUCAAUCGAUAAGUUUUCAACAAUGGAAUUGUCUGGUUUUUACGGUGGUGGAAAUGGAGGUGGUGACACAGACACCUCAUCCCUAUCUAAUGGCGAAGGUGGUGGAAUAAAAACAGGGGCAAGCAGUCCCUACCCCGGCUGCGGUCGACCAAGUCUCCCAGCGCUCAAAUUUCACAAUCACUUCCCCCCGGAUAACCUGACAACCCUUCACGACAAGAAAGACUCCCUGUUGAUGCAGGUGCAGGAGCUCCAGGGGACAGUUCUCCAGAGUGUCCCCCAGGGCCCCUUAACAACUGGCACCCUUGUCUCGGGCGUUGGCAAUCGUCUACACCUCCAGCAUCAACAGCCAACAAAUCAUCUUCGCACGUCAGACGGUGAAGAUCGUGUUAUGCUGUAUGUCAGACAGGAGUCGGAAGACGUCUAUACACCUCUUCAUGUGGCACCACCGACAGUUCAGGGACUGCUCAACGCUAUUGAGUCAAAGUACAAAAUUGCAUCCUCGAGUAUUAAUAAUCUCUAUCGCAAAAACACAAAGGGAAUUACAGCGAAAAUUGAUGACGACAUGGUACGCUAUUACGUGGACGAGGAUCUCUUUCUCCUCGAAGUGAGUCACUCCCCGCACCAAGAGCACGAUAGGAAUCCCAGUAAUCCUGGAUCACCCGGUGAUCCUGACGAUCCAAACGAAUCAACACCAAUUGGGUAUGACGUGACACUCAUUGAAUUGCCACCGGUUCAGUCACAACUUCCGCCACCUCCAUCGCCUAUAUCAGUUAGUCAUGGGAAUCCCCAUGCUCAUGUUCACGGACAUAAUCCACACAUCCACGAGGUGACGAAUACGUGAAUUUGAGGGAAUGAAAUUACUGAAUUUAUUUUGUAAAUAGAGGUCAUCUGAACAGGUAGCAAUUGACAAUUGUUUGAUGAGUACUUAUGCAACAUAAUUACGAUGUUUUGAUGAUAAUGAUGUUAUGAUUAACGUUUUUGUUCGUUGUUGAAUGUAUGUUAUCUUCAUAGUUGACUGUUGAACAUUCCUUUUCGAUUCAUGGAUAUCCAAGUAUCGUUCACAGUUUACUACGUACCACUCCAUGUAUUCAACGCUUUUCAAUCGUCAAGUUUGACAAUGAUAUUGCGUUAGAAGAAUUGAAAACAAAAAAUAGAAAUAUUUCGCGUUCAAAUUACAUUUCGUACUGACAUGAAAUCUAUUUCUGGGAAAAUUCUGAUAAUUAAUAUAUUUUUUACGGAAAGCUGAUUGAUUGUAAAUUACUAUUAGCGAAUUCUCAUAAUUUUUAAGGAUUUCCAUCUUAAAUUAUUUCAUUGAUUUACCUUCAAAACUAAGAUUUAGAAUUUUUCCUAUAUUUUUCAAUUGUUUGUAUUAUUUCGUUAAUCUUUCUGCUGAACUUGGCUUUCUCAUUUGUUUUAACAAAUUGACAAAAUAUUUUCUGACAAUAUUGAGAUCCCCACUGAGGUCUUCAAACUUUAAAUUAUAAAAUAAUUGAUAAAUAUACCGGUCACAUGACGGGUCUGAUGUUUGAUUACAAAAAUAGAAGAGUCGUUGAGGAAAGAAAUAAUACCCGACAUACUUGGAUAUUCUUAAUCAUAUAAAUUAUCAUGGGAAGUUUAAGACGGAAAAAUAAUCAUCAGAAUUAAUUGAUUGAUGAUGCGUGAUCCAGUGAUUUGAGUGCCGUUUUAGGCAUACGAUUCUUGACCGUUAAAAACGGAUUGUAAGAAUCGUGGAGAGGAACUUUUGAGGGAGGGACUGGGGCAAUUGGCAGAGCGAACCAAGAUUUAAACUCAAGCUCCUAAAUUAAAUUGCCAUCGAUGAAGCCUGAGCUUCUCCUUCUUCAUGUGGAUUGAUCAAUCAAAAUUGAUUUGAGCUUUAUUUGCGUUAAUAUUUGAACGAAAUCGUACCCAGUUUUUAUAUACGUAAAAGAAAGAUAAUAACAAAUUAAGAGCAUGGAAACUCACAUUUUCAUGGUUUUAAGAGAAUGGUUAAUGUUUGUGCAUGAGAGUAAUAGUCUAAUUAAGGUCAAAUAGUUAUGUUUUUUUCAUCAAGUAAAGUCGAUUUAUAAUUUUAUGGACUCUUCUGUGGACAAUUGCCAUUGUUUUUGCCAACAAUUGAAUUAUUUUAGAGCAACAUUGCAUACAGCAUGAUAGCAUCAUCUCUCGCCUGUGCAUGUUCAGUAGUGAAAAGAUAAAAUAAGGAUCAACUGAUAAUCUAACUAAUUGUAAUAUUUUGAUUACAUGAGCCAAUCAGUUCUAGAUACGAUCAAGUGGUGGAACGAGAUGAAUAAUUCACGUGGAGAUUCAGUUUCGGGGAAAUAUCUGGAGGUCUGACGGAAAUGGCGGAAUUUUUAUCAAAAUCUUUUUUGUAGAGAAUUGCAAAAGCCACAAAAAAAAACCUGACGAAAAUACCAUCAUGUCCACAAGAUUUAGAGAUAUUACCUUAUGAGCAACUGAACUGGCGUUCAUGCUUUCGCAAUCCAUUCAUUUCAUUCCUCUACUUGCAUUGAAAUUCUAUAAUUAAUUAUAAUGGAUAAAAAAGCCAUGGCAUAUGCCCGAAUCUUGCCUUAAUUCCCCCUCCCCAUAUCUCACCGUGCCACUCGUGUAUGUGUUAGCCAUUAAUGUAGGUAAAAAUGAAAAAAUCAGGCAAUAAGAUCGUGACGUUGUGAACGUCGAGGUAAUUACUUUUAAGCAAUUAGUCUACGCUAGAUAUUUUAUAUAUAUUAUAUAUAUGAAUUAUAUAUAUGUAUGUUUGUAAUAAACACAACGACAAAGAUUGAAUCGGUUUUGUAUGGCUGAAGAGAAAAAAAAUUAAUGGAAAAAUUGAGGAAGAGUGAGCGAUAACUAAACAAUAUGUCUCUAUUUUUAUGAAAAAUAAAUAAUGAAAAAAUGGUCAUCAUUCGAACAUUUUUAGACAAUUUUGUUCUAUUAUUAUUUUUUAAACAUGACGAAAAAAAACAAUGAUGACAAUUUAGAAACUGGCCUUAACAUAUUAUUCGACUGUAAUACGUACAACACGUACAAUUGUUAUUUCUGUUGUAUUCUGUGAGGAAUAGGAAAAUAUGCCUGCAUGUUUGCGAAAAUUGAUGGCGCGUGAGAGUAUGCUAGAGAGCAACGAUGAAUAAAACAACGUUAGGAUUAGAAACAAAAUUAUAGAAUUACGAUAAUAGAAAACGAGUCAAAAAUCAUUUGAUGGAGUUGAUAUGAAGUUUGUGAAAGAGAUUAGUAAUUUUAACAGAGAAGUAAAAUAAAGAUAAAGUACAUGACAAAUUGCGGAAUUGGAAGAAAAAUAUCGUUGAUAGUUGAUGAAAUGUAGUUGACAACGGAUCUCUUACGUACGCAUUGCAUUAUCACAAUGUUGAAAAAUAUAUCAGAGUUGGCAAGAAACCACUGCGACUGUUUGGAGAUCUCAGAGAUAUUCAUAAUGAUUAAUUACCCAUUGACGAGAUCGAUUGAUUAAUCAUUUGAUUUUUGUACUUAAUUGUGUUUCAAGCCCAACUCUGAUGUAAUUUUCAACAUUCCCUCAUUUAAUUUCACAAUAACAUUUAAUCGCAGUGGGUUUAUCAUAACUUAAUUAAUAGUAUUUAGGCCCUUGCCAUUUAAAUGGAGCUGUUUUGUUUUUCAUUAAUUAUUAUUAUCUAGUUUUGACGAGAGAAAUCAUUCAUUUUCAUUGUAACUGAUCAAUGCGUAUCCUCAAGACAAGAAGACAAGAAAUAUUAUAGAAUAAGGUAUCACAAGAGAGUUAUGAGAGAAAGAAAGAGAGAGAUAUUUGGGAUAAAUGAAAGUGAACAAAAGAGACAGUUGAUAGCAAGAUGAAAUAUGUUUUCUUUUUUGAAUUUUUGUUUAUCGCAACGUCUUGCCAUCGUGAGAUUGUGCCAGAGGUGAUAUUAUAUUAUUACGAUGUUCAAUACCACAAUAAAAUACUAUAUUAGUACGUUUUAUAAAAAA